AUGGCGACCUUUGAGAAGGGUAGCUCAGCGCUUCCUAAGAUCCUUCAAAACCUCACGGCUUUGCAGAUUUCAAUUACUGUAAUCGUUCUUUUUUUCACAAGAUGGGUCCUCCAAGGCCUAUACCGAUUAUACUUCCAUCCAUUGCGCCACUUCCCCGGCCCAAGAUUUUCCGCUUUCACCCGCAUACCACAACUCUACGCUACAUUUACGGGUAAAUUGCCGUUCUACGUUGCUGACUGCCACAACAAAUAUGGACAUGUUGUGCGCAUAUCACCCUACGAGAUCAGUUUCACCAACUCUGAAGCAUGGCGUGAUAUCUACGGUUACGGGUCCAAAACUGGUCCUGGCUCCGCGCCUCCAAAACAUUGGCCCCGCUACGGUACGAAUCCUAACGGCGUACCUUCCUUACUCCAAGAUCCAGACGAUGUAAACCACGCUCGCGUACGUAAGAUCUUUAGUCCGGCGUUCUCGGAACGCGCUAUCAAAGCGCAAGAGCCACUGUUCAUGAAGUACGUCGACGAUUUGGUACAGAUUCUCAAAGAUGGAACCGUCUCCAGCACUACCGGCACUGCAACAUACGAUGUGGUCGACUUGUACAGUUUCACAACGUUUGACGUGAUGAGUGACCUUACCUUCGGAGAGUCCCUGCAUAUGCUUAAAACUGGUACUUACGACCCAUGGGUGGGUACCGUUCUCGGCUUCAUGAAAGCGAGCCUGCGGAUUAAUGUAAUAGUAUCAAACUACCCGCUCGCUGCUAAGGUUCUGAAGCCCAUCAUGGAACUUUUGUUCUCAAAAACGCGAUCCCGGCUCUUCGACACAACCAGCAAGCGCGUCACAAAGAGAUUGGAGAAAGGGAGAGAGAGUAAGGUUGGGGUUGACUUAUGGGAUCUAGUGCUGAAUCAGGAAGAGAAGGGCAAGCAGGGUCUUGAGAGGGGGGAGAUGGAUAGCAAUGCUACUACGUUCAUGGUAGCGGGUACAGAAACUACGGCGACCUUGUUGACCGGACUGACCUACCUGCUACUGACGCAUCCAGAAUGUCAUAUGAAACUUGUCAAAGAGAUUAGAACCACGUUUCAAGAAGAGGCAAGCAUCAACAUGGAGGCUAUCGCAAAACUACCCUACCUCAAAGCAUGUAUUCAAGAAGCUUUUAGGCUGUAUCCGCCUGUUGCAGUAGGAUUGUUGCAUCUGACUCCUAGCAAUGGAUCGACAGUAUGUGGACACUUUGUCCCACCAAAUACCAUCGUCUCAGCAACGCACUACGCCAUGUACACUUCCGCUAGAAACUUCACCGAUCCACUUUGCUUCAUCCCCGAACGCUGGACCGACGAUGCAAGAUUCGCAAAUGACGAUCGUGCGGCUUUACAGCCGUUCUCUGUAGGCCCAAGAGAUUGUUUGGGCAAGAACAUGGCGUACCAUGAGAUGCGACUGAUUAUUACGAAAGUACUGUGGAACUUUGAUCUGGAGUUGCCUGAGGGGAACGGGGAUUGGUUCGACCAGACUGUGUUUACGCUCUGGCAGAAGGGACCAUUGAACGUGAAUGUGAGGAUGGCGCAACAAGCGUGA